GGAGAGAGCAGGAGAGAAAAAUAAAGUGCAAGGAAGUACUGCUAAAACAGAUGCACUUGCACCACGAUUCAGAAUAGAAAGAACACGUGGUGCUGUUAUUGGCAAUCGUGACAUAACCUGCUAUCUAUUUCACGAAUAAAACAUAAAUGCCAAAUAUCUCCCUUAUGUCUAGAUGUUUAUCAUACAGAUUAUAUUCAACAGCAGCAAACAUAGAAUUAGGUAGACUGGCGAUAAAGAAGAUGGAGAGUCAGAAAACUCCAUUGAUAUUUGAAAUAUUCACGGAAUGCAAAACUACAAAAGCCAGAACCGGUAGAAUGAUACUUGCUCAUCAUCAUGUGGACACACCGGUAUUUAUGCCGGUGGGAACGCAGGGAACGUUAAAAGGAUUGCUGCCUCAGCAACUGGAACAAUUGGACUGUCAAAUCAUUCUUGGUAACACCUAUCAUCUUGGGAACAGACCAGGUACAGAUAUCUUGCGUAAAGCUGGUGGAUUACACAAAUUCAUGAAUUGGAAGCGAGCUCUGUUAACAGAUUCAGGUGGCUUUCAAAUGGUCUCAUUAUUACAGCUAGCAGAAAUAACAGAGGAAGGAGUCAAAUUCAAGUCACCAUACAACGAAUCAGAAUGCAUGUUGACACCUGAACAUUCAAUCCAAAUUCAAAAUACAAUUGGUGCUGACAUAAUUAUGCAGCUCGACGACGUUGUUAAAAGUACUAUAACUGGACCAAGAGUGGAAGAGGCGAUGCACAGAACAACACGUUGGUUCGAUCGUUGUUUGUCAGCACAUGAGCGACCAAACGAACAGAGCAUAUUCCCGAUCGUGCAAGGUGGUCUCGAUCCGAAAUUGCGAUCCGAGAGCGCAUGCCAACUGAUUCAACGAGAUGUGAAUGGUUACGCUGUAGGAGGCUUGAGUGGUGGUGAGAGCAAAGAUGAUUUUUGGAGAAUGGUGCAUCUUUCGACAGAUAUACUUCCCAAAAAUAAACCGCGUUAUCUUAUGGGCGUCGGAUUCGCUGUCGAUUUGGUUGUAUGCUGCGCGCUAGGAAUCGAUAUGUACGAUUGUGUAUUUCCGACGAGAACAGCCAGGUUUGGCUGCGCGUUGACAAGAACAGGUCAGCUCAAUUUGAGGAAAGCACAAUACAGUAGAGAUUUGAAACCGAUAGACGAGCUAUGCGAGUGUAGCACUUGCAAGACUUAUACACGUGCUUAUCUGCAUCAAAUAGUUACUAUUGAAACAGUAUCAUGUCAUCUGUUAACUGUUCACAAUAUUGCAUUUCAAAUGCGACUAAUGCGAGACAUCAGAGAGAGCAUAAAGGAACAGAAAUUUCCGAAAUUCAUACAGGACUACAUGUUGACUGUAUAUCCUAAUAAGGAUUAUCCGACGUGGAUAGUUAAAGCUUUGGAGGCUGUUAAUGUUACUCUAUUGUAAAAAUGAAAUUUGUAUUGCAUGUAGUUAUUAUCACUUUGGACCAAACUGUAUAUUUUUUCUAGGCCUUUUUUCAUAAAUAAUUUA